AUGGCCAAAGCAGCCGUGCUCUUCGGCCUCUCCUGGCUAGCCCAGUCGGCACUCGCCAAAGACGUCCAUCUUUCCUGGAACAUCACCUGGGUUAACGCAGCUCCUAAUGGCCACUCGCGUCCCGUGAUUGGAAUUAACGGAGAAUGGCCUUGUCCACAGGUUGAUGUCGACUUGGGUGAUCGGUUGAUCGUGGAUGUAUAUAAUGGUCUGGGGAACCAGACGACCGGUAUCCAUUGGCAUGGAUUCCGGCAGUAUAUGACGGGGACGAUGGAUGGGUCUUCGGAUGUUACCCAAUGUCCGCUUGCUCCUGGGAGUAAGAUGACUUAUGAUUUUAUGGCAAACCAAACGGGAACAUAUUGGUACCACUCGCAUAACAUGGGCCAGUAUCCAGACGGCCUUCGUGGUUCUCUCAUCGUUCACGAUCCUGUGCCUCCGAUCGGAUUUGACGACGAAUUCACACUGACCUUCACCGACUGGUACAACGAGCAAAUGCCAACACUCCUGAACAUCUACCAGUCCGAGGCAAAUGGUGAUGCAUAUGGUGGCCGUGAGCCGCUUCCCAAUGCAACACUGAUCAACGAUGCAUCUGACGCUAAGAUUAAGGUCGAACCCAACAAGACGUAUCUCGUACACAUCGUCUGUCUGGGCAAUUGGCCUGGGCAUACAUGGUUCUUUGAGGGUCAUGACAUGACCGUCGUCGAGGUGGACGGUGUCUAUACUGUACCGUACCCAGUAUCUGACAAGAAGCUGCGUAUCACAACUGGGCAGCGUAUGAGUGUCCUGAUCCGUACGAAGCCCGAUAUCAGUCGCAACUAUGCCAUCUGGGAUACUACGGAUGUCAACAUGAUGUUCUUCUACGAACACCGAGAUAUCCCAGCGGGCUUUAACCCUAAUGCUACUGCGUGGCUCGUCUACGAUGAGGCAAAGGAGCUACCGCCGGCACCACCCGUUCACAACCUCGAUCCUAGCUUGGACUUCAUCGAUGAUGUGGAGUUUGUUCCCCUCGACAGGGAGCCGCUUCUGGAGCCUGUCGACAAGCAAAUCAUAUUACACACGGGAUCUGCCGAGAUCAAUGGCGUAUCACGGUUUACCAUCAACCGCCAGACGUAUAGGGCACCGGAAGUGCCGACACUAUACACUGCGUUGACAGCAGAUGACCCCAUGGACGAGGCGAUAUACGGACAGGUCAACCCAAUGGUCGUGAACUAUGGCGAGGUCGUCGAGAUUGUGAUCAACAACCACCACUCAAACUUGCACCCGUGGCAUCUACAUGGGCACCGGUUCCAGGUUCUGCAGCGGUCCGCUGUAGACGGGGGCAUGUUUAAUGGAUACUUCACCAAUAUCUCAUCGUCGCCUGUCCAGCGCGAUACGAUCAUGGUGCAGAAUAACGGCCACAGUGUUAUCCGCUUCCGUGCCGAUAACCCAGAUAAGUUUCCCAACACCAAUCGCAAUUGA